AUGUCAGCCAUUGCCUCAAGUUUGCAUGGGUGUAUCUGCAACGAAGUUCUCCUCUUACAGUACGGCCCACCGUGCUUUCCUAGGCGGGUGGCAAACAAACAAUCAACUGCAGGCCUCUUCCAGAAGACAGCCGCGGCAGCCAAAGAAGCCAGCGACGCAGCCACACCUAAGGUGCUGGAGUUCUUCGAUUCCGCAGAGUUUCGUCGUGUGCUGAAGGAUUGCUGCGCCGAUGUCGCCGAGUUGCCAUCUCAGGAGCUGCUGAGAAGGUACCGAGCAGAAGCCCAAGUCGCAGAGCUCUCCCAUGCACUUCCCUCCGAGCAAAAGGGCGGCAUCUCCGUCUUUGACGAUGUGACGGAGAGCGAGCUCGGCAAUUUGUCUUGGUUCCCGAACGAGUUCCAGACUUCUCUGAUGCACAAUGUGACGCCCAAAUCUGCGCGGAUCAACAACUUCGCUCAACAACGGAUUUUUGGCUCCAGCCCUUUCGCUGGCAAGCGGCCUACGUGGCCUGAAGCUGCAAACCGGUUGAUCUACAUAGCGCACAACCUGCGACGUCUGGACACGGGCUCUUUGCCAGGCUUUGGGGACCUGACAGUCGUCUUCAACACCAGCCGCGUAAGGAAUUCAGUGGUCAUUGCACCGUAUGACACGGGGCUGUACACGAUGAACUGCUUGGUGCCCGAAUACCUCAUCCCGAAAGCGAAGAAGCCUCUGAAUUGCAGCGCUUGGACUUCGGCCGUCGUUGGUACGCUCGAUCACUUUGACCAUCUCAUCCUGCCCAACCUACAGGUGCCGUACAACCGCAGUUUCACCAAUGAGACUUGGAGGGAUGGAGUCCGAACUCUCUGGGCCAGGGCCUUUACCAGCACACCAUAUGAGGAUCUACCCGGUCUCAAUAUGAAGGAUAUGGGGAAUUACUUGGAAGCGGACAUCUUGGCCAACCCGCGCUUGCCACACGCUGUGAAGCAUGUCAUCGGAAACUUUCCUAGACUUUUCGGCACAGAUGAUGGCCGAAAGCUGCAGCGCAUCGCGGCCAAGAGAUCCUGGCCCUUAUUCUGGGCCGUUGGAUAUGGGGAUCCAGGCAAACACGACAAAAACUUUUCAGACCCUGGUCGCUUCCCCAGCAACCAGCGCUUCGCAGACCCGAGCAUCGCAGCUCGGCCGGCAGGGGCAUGUAGGGCCGGGCGACGGGGCGGCAAGUGUCAAUGGUGUCAAACAAGCACAUCAUAG